CUCGAAACCCACCCCUCCAUGUCUCUCGUCAGGCAACGCCUCGCCUCUCUCGCUCGCCCCCUCUCCUCCUCCUCCUCCUCCUCCUCUUUUUCGUCCACCACAAGGCUUCCCCUCCGCCACCUCGACCCCGCCGCCGGCGACGUCGCCGCCACAGUCCAGCUCUACUCAUGGGGCCGCGGCGCCUCCGGCCAGCUCGGCGGCGGCAUCGAGGAGGUCCGAAUGUAUCCAGCUCCUGUCGCCGGCCUCCCCCUCCCUCCUUCCUUCUCCCUCUCUCCUGUCCCAGGCAGACUCCAUGGCUCUGGCCGCACCGACUCAUCGCCGGCCUCCGAUGCUGCCAUUGAGGUCGGCAUUUCGUGCGGACUAUUUCAUUCUUCGGCGGUUGUCGAUGGUAAGCUAUGGAUAUGGGGAAAGGGCGACGGCGGACGCCUUGGCCUUGGUCACGAGAACCCGGUCUUCUUGCCGACUUUGAAUCCUAACCUGGACGUUGUUCGGUGCAUUGCUCUCGGUGGUCUUCACUCAGUCGCGCUGGAUUCGCUUGGUCGGGUUUUCACUUGGGGGUAUGGCGGUUUCGGAGCGCUUGGGCAUUCUGUGUAUCAUAGAGAGCUCUUGCCGAGAUUGGUGGAGGGGUCGUGGAAUGGGAGGAUUUGCCAUAUUGCGACUAGUGGCACUCAUACUGCUGCUCUCACAGAAGCAGGCGAGCUGUAUACCUGGGGUCGAGAAGAAGGAGAUGGUAGAUUAGGCCUUGGUCCUGGUCGGGGACCAGAUCAAGCAGGUGGCCUCAGUAUUCCCUGCAAAGUAAAGGCGCUACCUGUACCCAUGUCAUCUGUUUCUUGUGGUGGUUUUUUCACCGUGGCAAUAACUGAGGAGGGUCAAGUUUGGAAUUGGGGAGCUAACUCAAAUUAUGAACUUGGAAGGGGUAACAAAGCUGGUGGCUGGGAACCAAAACCCAUCCCAAGUCUUGAACAUGUUUGCACCAUUCAGAUAGCCAGUGGUGGAUAUCAUUCACUUGCUUUAACAGAUGAUGGAAAGGUUUUCUCCUGGGGUCAUGGUGGGCAUGGUCAGUUGGGCCAUUCUUCUAUCCAGAGUCAGAAAGUUCCUACAGUGGUCGAGGCAUUAGCUAAUGAGCAUGUCAUCUUUAUUGCUUGUGGAGGUUCAACUUCAGCAGCUAUAACUGAUGAAGGGAAAUUAUACAUGUGGGGAAAUUGUAAAGAUUCUCAACUUGGAGUUCCUGGGUUGCCGGAGGUGCAUCCUACUCCUGUUGAAGUGAAGUUCUUGAGCGAAGAUGAUGGAAUGGGGCCCUGUAGCGUGUUAUCCGUUGCAAUUGGUGCUUCUCAUGCAAUGUGUUUGGCUUCCAGGACAGGUCUUGAUACAUCUGUCUCAAAGGAUAACCAAACGGGUACUGACUGGCAAAACAGAAAGGAUAAUUAGAUAAGUUCUUAAAGUGAUGAGGUGACGAACUUUUGUAUGCAAAUCCAUGUACUGUUACGUCUGAUGGCUGGAAGAGUUUGCGAACUUUCGAGAGCGCGGUAGCUUUUAAAUUUCCCCAUCUUCACAAGGCAAUUAUGGUGUGGGUGGGGGGCGGUGGACCUAAGAAAGCAGGCCUGUCUUUCUGCAAGGGAGCCACCAUUAUGCCAAGCUUGUGAUUCUAGAAUGUCCUUGGAAAUCUGUUUAGCAGGAUUCAGAUGCGGGGUUGGUGUUUGAAAACAAGAUGAACUGACGGAGUUGUAGUUCUCAAUACUAGUAUUAUGAUGCUUGAUUCGUAAGAC